AUGUCGGACACUCUUUUGAUCAAGUCCAUUUCGUCAAACGAGCUGUCUGUUAAGAAUUGGGUGGAGGUCCAGCAAAAGACGUUUUUGCGCUGGAUCAACUCCAAACUACAGGACAGCAAGUUUGCUCCCUUGUCUUCUUUGACAGAUUUGGGGUCCGGAAUCGCAUUGUAUCGGCUGUUGCAAUGUUUGGACCCGGAUUUCCAGCUUAAACCUGUUUCCACCAACCCUCAUUUGAAAGUUCAAAAGAUGGAAAACCUCAACAGAGUGCUGGAUUACCUGAAACACCGUCAGAACCUCCAGAUUCACAAUAUCGGCUCCGAGGACAUCGUGGACGGCAAUUCGAAACUGAUUCUCGGUCUCAUAUGGCUGCUGUUGCUUAAUUACACCGUUUUCGAGGACGAGGAGGACUGCGGGUUCACCAAGAAAGACCUGUUGUUGAGAUGGUGUCAGAAAGUGACACAGAACUAUAAGCUGAAACUGACGAAUUUCGGGUCCGGUUGGCGCGACGGCCGGGCCUUUUGUGCGAUUCUCAACUAUUAUCGGCCGGAAUUGCUAGAUUAUGAGAAAACUUCAACGCUCCAAGACCUGGAAAGACUCGAGCUGGCAAUGGGAGUGGCUGAAAAUUUAGGGAUCACGCGGCUGAUCGACCCUGAAAACAUCAACUGUUCACGUCCAGACGAAAAGAGUAUCAUUGCUUAUGUGAGUUUGUACUAUGACAAGUUCUCCAAGGAACAGGUGAAGGGAACGGGAGGUUACAAAAUUCGCGUCGAGACGUUUUUGGGUGUUGUGGUGGAAAUAGCCAAGCUCAAGAAAGACUAUCGUGCUGGACUUGAUAAUCUGAUUCCGCAGAUUGAGCAUACUGUCUUGCAAAUGGACAAGUUGUUGACCCAGCCUCAAAACUUGGACAACCUGGUGGCCUCCAAAGAUUACCUGGACUCUUUGGCCACUGAAAAAUUACAGUUUCUUGAAGACUAUUCGCAUUUAGAGUCUCUGCGCAGCAAGAUCAACCUGCUUCUUGUCGAGUUCCGACUGCGCGGGCUUUGCGAGUCGAAAGAACGCAGUCUUGCAGUUGCAACCAAACUUCUCAAGAAAAUCACAGACAACGAGCAUAAGAUGAGUGAGCUGGUGAGUGAGAUGAUCGAAAGUUGGCGCGCCAAGUCGUUCAAGCGGUUGGACGACCUGAUCGAGGGUGUCGGGCUCGGAUUGGACAUGGUGGAAGCUGAAAUCCUGGACCUAUCUGAUUCUGCCGAGAAACAGGUUGACCAGUUACCAGAGAUCAUGGGCACUCUUUCGAACGUGGAGAAGUUACAGGAGAGUCUUACAAAGACUAAAGACGAUAUUCAGCGCCAGAUAGAGCAGUUUCAGGGGACUUUUGGCUACCACGAAACAGAGAAGCUGUACAAGGUAACGGAGCUCAAGUUUCGCAUCAAGCUGAUCCGCGACAUCAUCGUGGACAAGCUACAGUUCAUUGAGCGUCAGUUUGAUCGCAAAGAGCGGAUUUUCGAGCAGUUGAAGAACGACAGUCAGCUGGACUCGGUGCAAUUGUACCAAAUAGAGAUGGUUUUCGAGAAGCUUGACCACGGGUGCAAGACGUAUUUAAACAAGCCCGAGUUCCGCGACGCGAUGCUGUUUCUGUACCCAGCACUGGCGGGCAGCGAGGCGGACAACAUUUUUGAGUACUUGUACUCUUCUAGCGAGGAGAUCACGCGCGGGGUGCGGUUGAAGCAGUUUCUGGAACUUCCGGGACUUUUUGGAGAGAAGGUGAAGAAAGACCCGGAUGUGACGAACUUGGCGGGCGAGUUUUACCGGGAGGCGUUUGACCACGCGAGCGGCGGACGCGGGGUGCUGGAGAAGGUCGACGUGGACAAAUUGCGGCUCGACACGACUUUGGUAGCAGGACUAGCGGAAGUGUUUGAGUUCCAGCAAGACGGGUACAAUUACGGUCCGUUUUUCCACGGAGACGACUCUAUGUUGACCAGCAACGGUCUGACCAAGGAGGAGGUGGUUUCUGCCCUAAAAGACAUGGACAGCAUGCGUAUAGACAAGUAA